AUUGGGAGCAGUUGAAAGGCGCUACGUUGAAGAACAAACGUCGACAAAACCAUGUUGGCUAUGAGUAAAUGGUUCACGCUGACACCUUUUAUGUCAAGCAGAUACAAUAAGAGAGUUGGGUUUUUCGGUAGAGCUGAUUCUAUUCGAGUCCAUGCCGAUGGAGGAGGAGACAACAACAACAGUAAAAGCAACGACGAGAGGAAGAAAGUUGUUGUGGUUGGCUCGGGGUGGGCUGGUCUCGGUGCUGCUCACCACCUAUGCAAUCAGGGAUUUGAAGUUACAGUUCUUGAUGGAGGUGAUGGUAUUGGCAGUCCAGAUAAUAUCGGCAUCCAAGGGUUUUGGUAUCCCUAUAAAAAUAUAUUUAGUCUUGUUGAUGAGUUGGGUAUAAAGCCCUUUACUAGCUGGACAAGAUCUGCACAGUAUUCAGCAGAAGGAUUGGAGGUCGAAUUUCCAGUAUACCAGGAACUCCCACAAUUGCCAACUCCAUUAGGAACCUUAUACCACACACAAUUCGUCAGGCUCCCGUUUGUGGAUAGAUUAUCAUCGCUUCCUCUGAUGACUGCAGUAAUCGACUUCGACAACACCGAUGUUGCCUGGAAAAAGUAUGAUUCAAAUACUGCAAGGGAGCUCUUUAAACAGUUUGGAUGCUCUGAGAGGCUCUAUCAGGAUAUUUUCAGUCCAUUACUUCAAGUGGGUUUGUUUGCUCCAGCAGAGCAAUGUAGUGCUGCAGCAACUCUUGGACUGCUAUAUUAUUUAGUUCUUGCCCACCAGAAGCACUUCGAUGUAGUAUUUUGCCGUGGUUCCACAACGGAGAAGAUCUUCGAGCCGUGGGUGGAGUCUCUGAAGGCUAAAGGUUGUGAAAUACUGGAGGGUAAAAGGGUGACAGAUUUCAAAGUCAAUGAGGAAACAGGUUGCAUAACGGAAGUAGUUUCUGGCAAAGAGACCUACACUGCUGAUGCAGCUAUAUUGACUGUUGGGAUCGCCACACUUCAAGAAACUAUCAAGAACAGUGCAGCAUUAUGUAAACAGGAAGAGUUUCGGAAAAUUUUGAACUUGGCCGGCAUCGAUUUGGUUACCGUCAAGUUACGGCUGGAUAGGAAGGUUUUAAUCCCGAAUCCAAGCAACGCUUGUGCUGGAUUCGAUGAUCUAUUUGGGUGUACCUUCUUCGACUUGACCGCAAUUCAUGAUGAGCAUAAAGGUGAUACGGAAACCAUAUUACAAGCUGAUUUUUAUCAUGCCAAUGAGUUGCUGCCUUUGAAAGAUGAUCUUGUAAUUGAAAAAGUUAUGCCAUAUCUUUCUAAGUGCAUAAAUGGCCUUGAGAGAGCCAAUGUGGUGGACAAAGAAAUCAGAAGGUUUCCGAAAGGAUUGACUCAUUUUUUUCCAGGUGAGCAACCAACAGCCUAAUCGAAUUGAACAGUGAUAUUGGGUGUGAAGGGAACAAUAAGUACCCAAGGAAGAUUAUGAUGAGGAUGUGGGGACGAAAACCUAUAAAUAGACCCGACCAACGUCGUCUUGUACCGUUUUCAGACCUUUAUAAAGCAUUCUGCAAUAUGUUAAGAUGCUUUUGGACUAAAUAAACAAUUAAUUUUGUGUUCUUGCUUCUCGAAAAGGUUCGUGGUUCCUAAUUUGUUUAUGGCCGGAGACUGGAUUAUAACCCGACAUGGUUCCUGGUCACAGGAGAAAUCUUAUGUCACGGGGCUUGAAGCUGCAAAUAGAGUGGUAGAUUACCUUGAAGAAGGGAGUUUCGCCAGAGUGAUACCUGUUGAGGAAGAUGAGCCUCACAUCGAAGCACUUCGCAACUUAAAUAGAAGGGUUAAUGAGAUUAUCAGCCAAGUUCCGUUGUCCGGAUAUUUUCUUCAAUAGAUCUAAUACAAAUAAUGUAUGCAAAUUCCUACACUCA